AUGUCGCAGCUUUCUCAGCACAGGCAGAGGGUGCCAUCGUUGGGCAUUGUAGCGACGCAUGGAAGAGGCGCGGCGCUGCCCUCUAGACCGAGCCCGCUAUCUUCGCAUCCACCCACACCUGUCGAAUUUGUCGGAGCGACUGGCAGCAACAGCUACAGCAGCAGCGAGCAAGACAGUCGCGACUACAACUGCCAUCUGCCAACUGCCAAUCACAGCAGAAACGCAUCUGCAAGCACAUGGUCGCUGCCGUUUCAGUCGCCUAGCAACACUUCGACCACCACCUUCCCGAGGAAGCAUCCGAGCAGCAAUUUCUCCACGCCCGAUCUGCUUUCUGCUUCACACUCGUCGACCGACUCCCUGUACCGACAAAACACCAAUUCUUUUGCCGGCAGCUCCUCUCAACUGCAUCAUCUACCAUUGGCUUAUCAGUUGACCAACCACGACCCAUCAAACAAGCUCGACCUCGCCAACGUCCACACAAUGUCGCACUCCGACAACUCCCGUCAUGACAGUUUCGGCUCCCAGCUGCCUGUGCCCAAAGGCCCUACCAACAAUGGCCGUCGUAGAUCGAUUAGCAUGCAAAAGCUGUUUUCGCUGUCGAGUUUGAAGAGCAGUUUCGGCAACUCUCGCACCUCGCUCGUCUCGACUCCUUCUUCACAGAACCCUCCACAAACCGCCUCUUCCGAUCGUCCGACCUCCGACAGCACUACCAGUUCCAGAGGCGUCAAGCGCGCCGCAGAAGAGGAUUAUGUCGUCGUUAAGCAUGGCCAGGACAACAGUCUUCAGCCGCCCUUGAGGAAGAGGAAAAGUAGUUCGUGGUUCUCUCGCAGAAAGAGCGGUCUCUUCACCUUCAACUCUCACAACAGUGAUUCUGCCGUAGUCGACGACGAUAUGCCACAGGGUCCUGAUGCAAUGGUGCUGGACGAGCCGGAAAUCGUCCGUCCCACCAUCGAGCACACACAAACCAUCCAGAGCGACUCUUCGAGCGAAAGACCAGCGAGCCUCUACAACACACAAACCACACAGCUUCCCCCAGUUCUACCGCCGCUGUCACCCAUGUCCAAGACCCAGACACAGUCUUCGCAGUACUCCGAGGCCACCCAAGCCACUCAAGCCCAGAGGAUCGAGCGUCCUGUUUCACACCGCACAUUCAGCUCGCAAAGCAGAGUCAGUCGCUCGUCUUCUCAACGUCGACCUGGAUACUCUCCUUCAGCACGAGAGGCAUUUUCACCUCCACCUACGUUGCCCGAGCUCACUAGAAUCGAGACAUCGUUUGGCGACUCGGAUAUGGAUGAUCUGUUUGCACAGUUCGGACGCUAG